AUGCUGAGUGUGGAGAUGUACCCCAGUUUGACUCUGGGACCUCAAAGGAUGGGAGACUGCUUUUACAGAGACCGGCAGGCAUCGGCCCACAUGCCGUUGUUCCCCCCCGCCUGUGACGUGGUGGCCAAAGCCCUGCCCCCAAGGCUGAUGGCCCCCCCGCCCGUCCCCAACGACCCGACCACCAAAAUUCCAAAAAAUGAUGUGAAGAUGGAGUUGGAGAAUGCGUCUUUAUGGAAACAGUUCAGCUCUGUGGGCACAGAGAUGAUCAUCACUAAGAAGGGCAGACGGAUGUUCCCUGGGCUGAGGUUAAAGCUCUCGGGCCUGAACCCAUCUCUCCGUUACAUCCUCCUCCUGGACAUCAUCCCAUUGGACAACUCCCGCUAUCGCUUCCAAGGUGGCGACUGGCAGGCUGUUGGCGGGGCAGAGGCGAAGCUACCAGACCGGGUUUUCAUCCACCCAGACUCGCCUGCCACAGGUGCUCACUGGCAGAGCCGCAACAUCUCGUUCCACUAUGCCAAGCUCACCAACAACACACUGGACUCUCAGGGACAUAUAAUCCUGCACUCUCUGCAUCGCUACCAGCCCAGAGUUCAUGUAAUUGAAGCCAGAGACGUGCUGAGAUGGGGCGGAGGGCAACACUCCUUCGUUUUCCCUGAGACCCAGUUUCUCACAGUCACCGCCUACCAGAACAACAAGAUCACAGAGCUGAAGAUCAACUCCAACCCCUUCGCUAAAGGCUUCCGAGAUGACGGCAUGAACAGCAAAAAACAAAGAGAUGCAAGACAGAAGCGCAAAAUCUCUGUCUUGACAGACACCUUGGAUAUUGUGAACUGUGACUCCACUGAGCUGCAGCCCAUCACCACCAGCACAGACCUGCAGGCCCUCGCUCUGGCCUCUCUGCCCCAACUGCCUGACCCCUCCUGUGGGUUCAGACCAGAUGGAGCCUCCUAUCAAGAUACUCUGGUCCCGGAGCAUCCACUAGAUCUCGGCGAGGCAUUCAUGGCAUCGCAGAUAUCUGAUAUCGGCAUCUCCAUGGCCAAUGGGAUGCAGGACGCACCGGGAAGUGAGGUGGCGAAUCAUAUGAUUGAAAGAUCAGACACUAUUGGUGAACCAGCUUAUACAUCCACCUUCUCCGCUACCAACACCUCCUCUUUCCCCUUGGCUCCUCUCCCUCAGUCAUCCUCCUCCUUCCCCUCCCUCCCCGUCCCUGACUCUUCAGAUACAUCCAAUCAUCAGCCUAUCGACUAUCCCUCCAUCCUCUCCUCUUCCCCCACGCUCUCCUCCUCCUCUACUCCCUCACUGCAGCAGACCUCCUUCACCUUCCCAACUCCACCUCCCUCUAACUCCUCCUCGCCACAGUCACUCCUGUCCUCCUCCUCCUCCCCCUCUGCCAACACCUAUCACACCAUCCCAGAGACAAUCAGCCCCCAUACAUCUACAGACGCCUCUUUUCCUGCCCCACCUUCCACAUGUCAUUCUGGACUGCAGGACCAAAUAUCAGUUCAUUCUCUGCUCUCUCAACCGAGUCAUCCUCUGCAGGGUGAACCUAUUAGUAGCGGAAAUAAUUCAUCCAUUGAUCAAAGCUCAGCAGCAUUUAUCUAUCCAAAUACCCUUCCAGCAAAUCCUGAUCCUGCUCCAGUUACUGCUCAGCAUCUCCUCAACUACAUCCACCCGCAGGCUCCCAGCCUGGCGUGCUCUCUAUCCACUCAUGGUGCCCCCACAUCUUUUGCCUUCCCCUCUGUCCCUCCACACAUGCAGAAUCUGUCCUUUUCCAAUGUGUCUCCCGGCUCUGCCCACCAUGCCCUUCACCUCCCAAAUCUGAGCCACCAAGCCCAGGCUGCUUCCUUCCCGCCCUCCUCCUUCACUCAUCCAUCCUCCUCCCUUCCUCACCCUUCCUUCCAACCCUCCUCUUGCUUGGCUGUCUCCUCUUCCUUCCAGCAGUCUAUGUCCUCAGCUACCUCAAUACCCCCAACAGCUCAUCCUCAAAACCUGCGCAAUCCCUGCACCUCCUCAUACCCUCCAGUUGAGAUGGGUGCCAUGCCACAGUUCAAUCCUGCCGCCCCCUAUCUCCCAGAGAUGGUACUGCACCACCCUUCUCUUCUCCCUCAGCUGGAUCCAUCACUUCCCUCCAGUCUUCCCUCCUCCACCCCUCCCUCAUCCCUCUACUCUGCCUUUCCAUCCUACCCUCUCCGGCUUUGUCAGGACCCUCACUCAUCCCUCUCCAUCCCAUUCAGGCAUCUAUACGACAACACCAGCAUGGGCACGCUCACCCCCAGGGGUCCUACCUGGAUAUGA